UUGUCAUUUCAGGGGAAACGGGAUAGAUGGCAGACGCGGCAUGGCCCUCGGCGCUGUGCAUGCAUCAGCAUGUGCUCAUCACUUAAUCGGCCCAGUCACAGGCACAGACUCGCAUCCCUGUAACUUCGUAUUUUACUUGCUUCUGCUUGCUGUACCUAUUUUGCGUGCGCUGGCCCUAUCGCAUCGAACCCGCAGUUGAUCAACUACCAGCCCUACGCCUGCAGCCGUUCGAUGA